AUGAGUCAACAAACGAGAUUGACUUGUUAUUUCAAAUCAAAAGCCCUGCCGGUCCAAUCAAACAGGUGCGUGAGUUACAAGAUGAAUAAAAAACGUAGUUUGAGUAUGAAGAAGCCAGCAAGUCGAAGUACUUCAUCUACUCAGAUAUGUGAGACACCACAGACUCCAAAGAAGAAGGAAGUUACAGUGAAGCAAGGGGAGGAAACUAUAACUUUGUCAAGUGACAGCGAGGAGGAAGGAACUCCGGUGAAGAAGCCAUUCAAAGGAAUAUCUGUGAGAAGUAUAGAGUCACUAACAGCCGGUGCUACUCCAGCUUUCAACUUAAAAUCUCCCAACUCCAGUUUUGUAGAUCCAGACAUAUCAGACUCUUCACCGACUGCAUUUGUGUAUAACUUGUCUCCUGGAGCUGUGCUUGGCCCACCACCCACAACUCCCAAAUCUGCAAGUCCAGGAUCAAGUUCAAAAUAUUUCUCACCAACCAAAAAGAGGCUUUCAAAAACAAAAUCUCCUGCUAAAAGAAAUUUGGCAAACCAAUUUGGGGAAAAAGCUUUUACUCCCAGCCCUCCAGACAAUUUUCUCUAUCAAGCAGACCAACUGGAUGAUAAAACUUCCUUCCUCAUGACUAUUAUUGAUAAGUACCUCAACUCUGAUACUCUAAGACCGUUCCUGGCAGAAGAAUCACAAAUGCUCUUAGAGAAAUGUACAAUAGUAGCAAACCCUGGGAAGGAUCUGAUUUGCCGCUUGUACUGGCGCAAACCUACUUGGUACCGUCUGGACUCUCUUGCAGAAAUUAUGAAUAAUAAAAAAGAAGUGAAGAUAAGCACUCCAGAUAUGUUAAACUUGCUGUCCAGCAUGGAAACUUAUGGCUUUCUCACUGCAGCUGGUACUGAAGGUGACUCGAAACUGGAAUUUGAUGACUAUAUGCAACUUUUGAAGCGACCAGAACUUCUGCAAAUAGCUAAAGAGCUAAAACUAAAGAUUCAGAAUAAGCAGGAUGCUAUUGGUGCUCUGAGGAAUUACUGUAAACUUAAACCUAUUAGUAAUUUCUUGAUAAGGAAGGGGAACAGUGUCAAUGAUAACAGCCACAGAGUUUUAGCUAUCCUAAAAUCAAAAACGGGUCGUUGUUACAAAAUGUCACAGUUAGCUCAAGAUACCUUUUACAAGCUGUAUGUGUUAAUGUACUUGGGCAUGGACUACAGCAUCAUAAGGGAUCGGCAACUGGAACUGGUCUUGCUAUACGACAAAAUUAAAAGAGAGAUGUAUCCGGUCGACAAAGAUAUGGUUGUUGACGAUGCGAGCUGUGUGUUCCAAGAUAAAGAGGAAUUUGACAGGUACAUUGAAGCACAUAAAUUAUACGAGAGCUAUUUGGAGAAACCUUCAGAAGAAAAGCAUCUAAUAAUAAAACAAGCUCAUGCCUUGUACAAGGGACUGGGAGAGGAGCUUAUGCAACGGUACAAAUCAUUACCACCAUGGCUGCGCAGAUUCACACCACCAGAUCUGUACAUCAAAUUAAUGGCCGGUGGAGUUGAAGAACUGAAGAAAUCCAAAACUGAGGAGCAUUAUAUGUUAGCAGUGGAGAUACUGGAUACUAUACUUGGCCAGAUCGGGUUCAGGCAACACAAAAGACAUAAGUGGUACUCGGAGAAGGCUCUUAUACUACACAGUCAUUUGAAUAGCCCCGAAAGUGCUGCAAAGACAUUACUAGAAGGUCUAAAUUCGGAGAACAUGUUUGAAAAUAUGAAAGACGCGCUACGUCCUCGCGCGCUGAAGCUCGCCAACCAACAGAAUAUAGACUUGAAGGAAACAUUGAGAAAUGAACUGCAGAAGCAUGGAGAGAAACAGACUGUGAUUGAGAACAGGCUGCCAGGAGACCAUAUACACAAGCAACCCAUUGAUAACCACAAUCAGAGAGGCAAGCUGAAGUUCGAGGUGCACUGUGCAGAGGGUCGAGGCACUGUCACUGCCGAGGAGUACUGCAUCGCUCACUAUGUUAAUAAUGGAGAGUACUCCAAGGGAGAGCACUUGGAAGGCCGUAUAGUGUCAACGAUUUACACAGCGUUGUUCUGGGACAUUAUAUACUGCAAGCCACGUGGUUUGACCGGUAUCUUCAUGAAUCAUUACCAGCGCUACCCACUCGAUAUGUUUUCAACCAACUUCUAUACAAACCGUGAGACUCAGAUAGACGAGAGGCUGACUUUCAUACAAGAGUGUACUGAUCAACUAUUGGUGGAUUUCUUGAAAAACCAAUGGGAUGCACGGCCUGAAACCGUAAUAUCCGACAUGCAGCGAUCUAUUGGUUGGGAGAACAUUUGUGAAGUAGUGCUCUGUCUGCGGCCGCGCGGGGUCGCCGACAUAUGUCGUCGCCUGGCACUCGACUAUGGAUACUGCCGCAGUGGUUUCCCUGACCUUACUCUCUGGAACAUAUCCACUAGAAAGAUAAAGUUCGUCGAAGUGAAGACUGAUGCAGACAAGCCGUCGGUGAAGCAGUUGCAAUGGCUCCAGUAUCUGAUAGACCAUGGGAUUGAUGCCGGCUUCUGUUACGUAGGAGUCAACACUACUCGCUCCAGAGCCAGACCUUCCGCGUCAAACCUAGAUUAG